AUUUUAAAAAAUCAGCUGUUUUGCCGAUCUAUAUUUAUUUUUCUAAUUUAAUGAAAUGUGUUUAUGAACGUGCUUUUUGUGGGAUAUUUUAGAAAAAACCUUUCUCAGUGACCCUCCCCCGAAUUUCCUCUUUAGCAUUGCACAAUUGGGUCUCAGGUUUGUCUUAUUUCUUGAGUUGAUCAUAUUCCUCGGACCCUACUCCGGGAUCGCCAAUCCGCGCCGUCCUCGGAGCGAGCGGACCAAUCAGCGACCACCUCCGAUAAAUAUUCAUGAUUCCCCGAUUCAAACCUUUGAGCGAGUUUGUGUGGAUCCACUGCAUCACUCCUAGACUUUUCACAGAGCCAAACUCCAUUUUCUUAUGAAUGGAAAGUGAAAAAAUCAGUUGAGCUUAAAUUGGGAUCCAUCCUUCACUGAGAUCGUAGAAGAAAACAAAAAAAGCAGGAGAGAGGAGAGAGAUUCGCCCCGAAGACAUGACAAUGACUACAAUACCAGAGAGUCUAAACAGCCCCGUCUCAGGGAAGAACGUGUUCAUGGAAUUUGGGCCACCAAGUCAACAAAUGUCGCCUUCCUCCAUGUCUCACGGACAUUACUCAAUGCACUGUUUACACUCAGCCGGCCAUCCUCAGCACGACAGCUCGUACAGCCCUGCUCCGUCCUUCCCAAGAUCGCUCGGUUACCCAUACGUCAACUCAGUCGGAAGCCAUUCGUCCAGCCCGUACCUCACCACUGUUCAGACGUACCAAAACAGCACGGCGUUAACGCAGACUCGGUUAGAGGACUCAGCGCCAGAAGCGGAAAAGAACACGGUGGUGGAGGGAGGAGAGGUUCGCUUCAACGGGAAGGGGAAGAAGAUCCGCAAGCCGAGGACAAUCUACUCCAGCCUCCAGCUGCAGGCGCUCAACCGCAGGUUCCAACAGACCCAGUAUCUGGCGCUGCCGGAGAGAGCGGAGCUGGCCGCAUCGCUGGGACUCACCCAGACCCAGGUGAAGAUCUGGUUUCAAAACAAGCGCUCCAAGUUUAAGAAGCUGAUGAAACAAGGCGGUGGGGCCAUGGACACCAGUGCACUGGCUAACGGUCGCGGACUCUCCGCUGGCUCUCCGUCCGCAGCACCAGUUUGGAGCUCCACAACGCCCGUCAAGACCUCCGUGGGCUCGGCGGGCUCCUACAUCCCCAGCUAUACGUCGUGGUAUCCCACAGCGCACCAGGACUCCAUGCAGCAGCCGCAGCUGAUGUGAACGGUCCGACUGACCCCUUCCUCCUUCUAUCCCUCCUCUCUGUCGUCCAGACACUUGGGACGAGGGUAUGGCUGGCCCAUGCGGGCAGCCCGAAGAGCCCGAAGAGCCCGCAUUCUGCACUCUGAUCCCCCAAAUACAAAAGCAUAUACACACACCUAGCCAGCGACGCCUCAUGUCCACUGCCGAACUGCCGCACGAGUGGGUCACACCGAGCUGCUGCUGCUCUUUUUUCUCUCUCUUUUUUACCAGACAUUUUACUGUGUACAGAAAAAAAGAACUUAUAUAAAGCUGUAACAAGUUUAAAAUAUUGUUUAUUACCCCUUCAAGUUUAUCACCUUGCCUGGAGAAAACUGAAAUUUAUUCAAAGAAGGCAAAACAGUGAUCUAAUUUUUUUUAAACGUCCUAACUGGCGCGUUUUCUACAAAGCAGGGGUGAAAAAGUGUGUGCUGUCCCAGGCUGUGGCAUUUGGAAUAGCAUUGGGUAAAAUCAUGCGAAGGGCUGGUUUUCCUUAUUCCAAAGAAAAAGUCUUUCUAGAUGAAGAUGUUGCGUGUGUGGCGCUUUUGUGUGUGUUUAUUUAAAGUAACUUAUUUUUAUUAUUUUUUUCUGUUUGUUUUUGUCUGUACGCUUAUUUAAAUGAAUGUUGUUUAAGAGGUGAGGCUGCACUAAAAUUGAGCAGCACUUCAGCCUGAGAUGAGCUGCUGGUUCAUUGUACAGAAAUGGCCAUUUUUAGACUGUGCUGUUAACGAUGUGAAAAAAGGAGUUUAAACCUGAAUAUGUUUAUUACGAACUCAUGUGUUUAGCGUUCUACAUAGCAAAGAUAGUUUUAUAUUUGUCAGAUUAAUUUAUUGCCUUUUAUGUUUGUUUGUUUGUUUGUUUGUUUAUUUCAUGGAGUCGUUGUACAAUGUGUAAACUCUAACAGUAAAAUGACCAUUUUAAAAAGA